CGACACGCAUUUCAACCCAUUGGCACCACCAUCAUCACCAGUGGAAUCGCGAGAUCCCACUGACAUCGCGCACACUCCAACAGGCGCUCACUCGAUAUCUCCACACCCAAAAUGGCAUCAACAACAGCCUCGUCGGGGCCAUCGACCACCACGAUAGUCGCCGGCAUUGCCUCUCUUCUUACCCUCAGCGGAAUUGGCUAUGCACUCUACUUUGACCAUAAGCGCCGCAGCGACCCUGAAUUCCGCAAAUACCUCAAAAAGCAACACAAAAAGAUCCAAAAAGAAGUCCACGAAUCGUCUAAGCAGGCGGAAGAGCAACAGAAACAGAAAAUUCGCGCCGUCGUCGACGAAGCAAACGAGGAGGGCUUCCCCCGAGACCCCGAAGAAACAGAGGCAUACUUCAUGCAAGAGGUCGCGAGAGGUGAAGGGAUGUGUCAGGAUGGAAGUGAUCCUGUCGAUGCCGCUUUGUGCUUUUACAAGGCCUUGAAGGUGUAUCCGCAACCCAGGGAGUUGAUCAGUAUUUAUGAUAAGACUGUGCCGAAGCCAAUUCUCGACAUCCUCGCCGAAAUGAUCGCCGUCGACCCAAGCAUAUCCGUCACUGGCGCCAGCUCAGACGCUGGUGCUGAUCCUGUCGAGUAGAGCUCGCAUGCUGUGCAGUACGGUUCAGCGGCAAGGCGUACGUUUAUAUCUCGAGCAGCGAUGGCGGAAACCACGAAAAGACAUCAUGGAGCAGAGCGUGAAGAGUUCGCUCACGAGUGCGUAACCGUCUUCGAAGAGGAAAUAGAGGACGGACGCGGUGCAGCAUAAGAUUGACGAUGACAAGAUACAGGAGGCAUAGACCAGUGAAAGCGUUGCGCAUCUGUGAAUUUGAUGCCUUGAUUGAGAGACGGACACGAGACUACUACUACUCAUCUCAUGAGCUUUGUGUAUAGCAUACCUUCCUCUUUUUGUACAUUACGUGUAUUCAGCACUAUCAAACCA